UGGUUAUUUAAGCUGAUGCGAUAUCUUCAGCCAUUCCGGAGAUAUCAGGAGUGGAACACAUCAAAGACCUUCAAAAUUUCAGGAGCUUUUUUGAGGCUCCAAACGGCUCCUUACACACAUUUAGACAGCAAAUUCGCCUUUAACUGUUUAGGAACUGAAACAAUCGAUCUCUCUUCCAGGUCAUGGUUGCUUCGCAACAGCAACUCCCGGGAUAAUACCCUGAUCAUCUCCUAUAUAUUCGAGGGCCGGUUUUACCAUAAGAACAUCUCAGCUGCUCCCUACGUCGACCAAUCGAGCCAAUCGGGCAGAGAUCGCAUUUACGUUGCCACCCUCGACCACAUACUGGCUUUCUACGAUGUUCACAGUCUCUUAGAGUUCUACAGACUCAAUACUGGGGAGGAGUUGGCGUGCAUGCUCGGUACAAGUGUGAAGAAUCCAAACCAGCCCAAUAGCAGCCCGGCCAGAUCCCAGGUACCCGUUAGGAGAGAUGAUGACACGCGUGUGGGCACGCAGAGGCCGUUUACAAGGUCCCAACAGAUGUUGGCUGACCAAUUUUCUGAAACUCCUAAACUUGCGGGAACAAGCGUUCAACUUCCGGGAACAAGCGCUCAAGUUCCGGGAACAAGCACUCAACUUCCGGGAACAAGCACUCAACUUCCUGGAACAAGCACUCAACUUCCGGGAACAAGCACUCAACUUCCGGGAACAAGCAUUCAUCUUCCGGGAACAAGCACUCAACUUCCGGGCACAAGCGUUCAAUUUACGGGAACAAGCGUUCAACUUCCGGGAACAAGCACUGGAGGAUCUGCCGAUUUGGUUUCAUCGCCAGAAGAGAGAGCUGCUUCAAGUGACGAAGUCAGCACUGAUGCAGCAGCAGAAUCGCUUAAUUUAGAUCCAGUCGAGGAACCGUUGCCGGAAGCCAAUUAGCUUGUCCACCGUAAGUUGCGUAGUUAGGCCAUGUUUUGAGUGGCUCUCCUUCGAAUGUUGUCACUAAAUUGGGCAAAACUGCCAAGAAAUCCGCUAAUUUUGCCAACGUGAUAUUGCUUUGUGAUAAGUGUUCUACUCUAUGUGAUCCCGCUUUGAAUAGGAACGGUUGAAGCCAAAGACACGAGGAAGUCGCUUAAAAUGUGGCCUAACAAUGCCGGAGUUUUUGCGAACAGGUUCAUUUAAGCGAAAAUUGCUUCCUCCAGUAUAAACGAAUUUAUUAUUUGUAGGUUUCCCAGGCGCAUUAUAUUCAUAAAUUAUUAUUAUUAUUCUUAUUAUUAGGGGGGGUGUUUGAAUAGUUUAUUGGAGACCAAACCCCCGUAAUGGUCUCAGGAUUGCAUCCCGAUGCGACAUUCGAAUUGUAUUAAUUAUCCAAUUUAACUCUUUUAACUUUAAGGACUUUGUGAUCGAUCGGAAAUGUUUGCAUGUGUAGGCGUGGUGUGUUUCUUUCAGUAUUAAUAUGAUUUCAAUGUACAGGGUGAACUAGAAUAGGAUUAGCAACUAGAGCAGGUCGAAUAUCCGACUAAAGCGCUGGGUGUUGGUUUCCGGAUGAUUCGUUUACUCGAAAUAUUUACCAAAUGUCCAAAAAACAUUAUCACACCUUUUCAAUACACUUAGGCUAAGUUUAUGUAAUCUACGAUAGGCAAUCAGCAAAUAUUAGAAGCAAUACUUAACACAUUUUGCGAGGUUUGAGUAAUAGGAGAUAAAUAGGCGCGAUUUAGUAGCCGUCGUUACUCAUUCCUCCCCGAAAAUUCCCUAUAUGAGUAGCAUGUGAUAUUUUACUUUUAAGAAUAGUAUUUUCAGCUAAAUAGCGUCGUAGUACAAAAUCAGUACAGUGAUAGAUACGUGUGUUUAAUUCUUCGGUGUUUUCUAUAUGAAAUUGUUAAGGGAGAAAUGGGACUGUUUGCAACAGCUUCUUAAACUGGACGCUCUAAAGCCGUUCAUUUUCCUACAUCUGCAUAACGCAUAUUUUUGUAAACGUUUUUCUACGUCAAUCCGUGCGAUUGGACCCGAAUGAAACGAAAAUCUGUGAAAUUCUCUACCCGUUUUCCACGCGGUAAUUUUGCAUGCAUUUCAACGCUUUACUCAAAUAUGCUUCUUUUACAUUUCGGGGCUUUUUGAAAUUUUACAUCAACCAAACAGCGGGAAAACAAAACAAAA